CACCCCGCCCCUCCCUCCCCGCGAAGCCCCGUGCCCUCGGUGCUUUUUGACCCUCGGCGGCACCCGUAGCUGCUCCCCGCGUUGCCAUGGAAACAGGCCGCGGCCCGGCGGCGGGCGAUGUGGCUGCGGGAGGCCCGGGCCCGUGCGGCGGAGCGGGAGGCGCGGGGCCGGCAGCAAUGGGAGCGGGCCCAACGCUGCUUCGCACGGGCCCAGCUCUACAGCUCCAGGCAGGCUCGGUGGAGCGAGCCGCGGGCCCUCCCGGCCAGCUCGCAGGAGGCCCGGCGGGAGGAGCUGGAGCGGCGGCGGGAGCGGCUGAGGCGGCUGCUGGCCGAGGAGCGCGAGGAGCUGGCGGCCGAGCUGAGGGAGCUGAGGCGGGAGCCCGGCGAGGCGCUGCGGGAGCGGAGCGGGGCGCUGCGGGCAGCCCGGGAGCGGCGGGGCCGGGAGGUCGCCGAGCGGCUGCUGUACGAGCACUGGAGGCAGAACAGCGCCGAGCUGCGGGAGGUGGAGUCGGAGCUGCACAGGAGGCACGUUGUGGAGGCGUGGGGUGAUCAGCUAAAGCAAAAAAAGCAGCAAGAAGCAACUGAACGAGAAGAGAAAAAGCGCUAUGAAAACAAGUAUGAAAUUGCACGAAGGGAAGCUCUGGAGAGAAUGAGACAAGAGGAAGAGAAGCGUCGGCUGGAAGAGAAGAAGCAAGCAGAGAUAUUGUUGCAGCAGAUAGAAGAACUGAAACUACAGGAGACAGAGGCAACAAAGCUGAAAAAAGAGCAAGAGAAUUUAUUAAAGCAACGGUGGGAGCUGGAAAACUUAGAAGAAGAAAGGAAACAAAUGGAAGAGCACCGGAAGAAGAUCGAGCUUGGCCGCUUUUUGAGGCAUCAGUGUAAUGCCCAGUUAAAGAGACGAGCCCAGCAGAUACAGGAGGAGCUGGAAACAGACAGACAAAUCUUGUUAGCCCUCCUCGAGAAAGAAGAUGAGGAUCAGCGCCGCCAGUCAGCGAGACGAGAACGGGCUGUCGCAGACGUUGCCUGGAUGAAACGUGUCAUUGAGGAACAGCUCCAGCUAGAGAAGGAGAGGGAGGCGGAGCUCCAGACUAUUUUUCGAGAAGAAGCUAAAAAAGUUUGGGAGAAGAGGGAAGAAGAAUGGGAAAGAGAGAAGGUGGCCAGAGAUCGCCUGAUGAAUGAGGUCCUUGCAGGCAGACAGCGCCAGAUCCAAGAGAAGAUGGAGUUAAACAGACGGGCCCAAGAAGAGUCUGUAAAGUAUCGGGAGCAACUGAUCAGAGAACUUGAGGAGGCAAAAGAACUGACGAGGCGAGAGAAAGAGCAAGAGAAGGAACUGCAGACGGCCCGCAGACAGGAAUUGGAAGCUCAGGUGACAGAACGCCGCUUGCAAGAGCAAGAGGAGCAGGAGCGGCAGAGGGAGGAGGAGGAGGAGGAGCGCUCCCUCAGGCAGCGCUGCGAGGAGUUGGUGCAGCAAGAAGCCAAGCGCAUGGCUGAGCGAGGAUACCGCAGCAGGCUCUACGGUUACCCAAAAGCAGCCUGGACCUGAGGAUUUUGUCCUUUAUAUCUGAAGAAUGAGCACGAAAUGAAGUUGUAGAUGAUGAAAAGAACAUUCUGAAGAAUCAGGGAACUCCUGAAGUAACUCCAGUUUCGGAGUAGCCUACAAUGACACCAAGAUUCAACGCAGCAGAAGUUAGGUUUCUGAACAUAGUUAGCUGUGGCCCAGCUGAACCCAAAAUCAAACUUCUGCUGAUUUCCAUAAAUUUGGAGGCGUGAGCAUACUUGGAGAACUCCGCCCUGAACUGCUUCACUUACUGUGUUCAGGAGAUGUAUUUUAGUACAUGCUACAUUGGAUCAAAACAGAAAAGGAAUUAAACUCACCCUUUCACAUUUUAGAUCUAAAGAAUUUGUGCCUCCUGUGGAACAGGAACCAUAAACCUCCAGGUGCUGUUUUCUAUUUAAAAGAGAGAAGUAGGAUGUGCCUAGAAGUCCCAGCUGUCCUUUAAGGGUUGCUUCGAAACACAUUGCAAAUCAGAAAGGUAAUGUGUGCUGUGGCAGUAAUUGUUAACAUGGCCAGCUCCUCUCUAGGAGCUGUAGAUGGCUUCAAUAAACUUUUUUUUACUUGUUUCAUAAUGAAUAA